AUGGUCUUAUAUUGCAACAAUUGUCUUGUGGCUUUGAACCCUGGGGUUUCCAAUCCCCAAGGUCUACAGUCAACGGCCAUAGAUCCCAUCUAUACCUUUCAGUCCUACAUCCCAAGCAUCGGAGGGACUGAGUCUAGAAUGCCUGUCCAUAAGCUUGACGACCAACAACCCAAACAGCCACCCUGGGGAGAACUUCCAUUGGAAGUCUACUUCCUCUCCGAAUGGGAAUCCCCUCCCCCAGAUCCCCUCCAGUCAAACGAAUCCCCCGCAGACCGUCGCAAGCGGCUUGUUCGGCAAUUUCUCGCAUUGGGGUUCGAAGGCAGACAGGAAUCGCCACCCAUUCCAACUGAAGAUCAAAUAGACGAGAUUCUUCGACCUAUACGCCCCGAGACUCUACGCGCCUACGCCGAUGACACCGCUUCUUUAUCGGGUCUUUGGCUUCGUCUCUGCUACACUGAUGAAGAGGCGCAUAAGACCCUCUGGGCCGAAAAUGAAGAUGCGGAAUGGGUUGGUGAUGAGGGGAUAGUCCUCGACGAUGAAGGUAUCUUCAGUGGCUUGGAUUUGGCAGCUGCCCUGGAAGUUUUUCCAGAGCGUGUGACGAAUGAGCCUGUCGAUCUUCGAUUUAGAGAGGCACAGUUCCGAGAAAUGGUGGAUGCCGCACUGGAAAGUCCAUGUCCUAGUGCGGAGAACUACUCCGAUGAGGUUAAAGAGUUGUUAGCGAGAGGCCAGGCGGAGUCGGAAAAGAACCCAUUGAAUAGGCAUUGGCCCUGGCACGCUGCCAGCGUUGUUACUCAUGUGUUUGUGGAGGAUAAGGUGGCGCUCAGCGGUGGGGGUUUAUUGCACGUGUUUUUGGAUGAUUAUGGGAAUGUGGUGAGACAGUGGAGGGAUGAGAAUGAUGGAUCAGAAAGUAACUAUGACGGGGCUUGGUUCGAGGGUUGUUAUAAGGAGGCUUUUGCCUGUGGUAUGGGGGGUAGUUUGGAGGAAAUUGGGCCUGCUUAUCAUGAGGGUGGAAGCCGGGGACCUCCAUAUUAUUAG